GAAGAAGAAGAAGAAGAAGAAAAAGAAGAAGAAGAAGAAGAAGAAGAAGAAGAAGAAGAAGAAGAAGAAGAAGAAGAAGAAGAAGAAGAAGAGGAAGAGGAAGAGAAAGAAGAAGAAGAAGAAGAAGAAGAAGAAGAAGAAGAAGAAGAAGAAGAAGAAGAAGAAGAAGAAGGAGAAGGAGAAGGAGAAGGAGAAGGAGAAGAAGACAAAGAAGAUCAAGAAGAAGAACAAGAAGAAGAACAAGAACAAGAAGAAGAAGAAGAAGGGAGAAGGAGAGGGACAAGACCAAGAACAAGAAGAAGAACAAGAAGAAGAAGAACGCUAAACAGUGAAGUCUAAAGUACUAAUUAAAACUUAGACCUACAUGGUACGCUAUGAUACUAUGCUGCGCCUACUAUCACUAUCACCACCACUACCACUACCACUAUCAUUACCACUACCACCACCAUUACCACUACCUGAAUACCACUACCACUACCCCGGACCACCACUGCCACUACCAAUGACCAGCACCAAGAGAGAUGCCAGCACUAAUACUACCACUACCACUAUACCAUUACCACUGAGCACCCGACCAAUGACUACCAAUCCCACUACCACUACCCCUGACCAUCAUGGAACCCCGCCUUACGGCCUCUUUUUUUCGGCCCGGCAAAACGGCCAUACAUUUCCCUAGAAAAAAACCCGUUAAUGUGGUCACCAUUAAUACGGCCAAUGGCCACAUUUUAAAAUCCCGAACAGUAGAAUCUCUUAUAAUUUCACCAGUUAAUACGGUCACUUGUUCGAAAUUUAAAUGUCUGUGACACAUCAGUUUUAUUACCCUAGUACUCUGAGCCUGUUCUUGUACUGUUUUUAGACUUCAGUACACAUGAAGUGCUUUUGUUGCGAUUUUAUAGCCGAGUUUAAAAAGGGUUUUGUUUACUGAAGGAAAGUUUUAAGUAGUUUUUUUCAAUUACUGUACGCGAUAUCUUUAUUCCGGUUGUUUAUUAAUGAGAACAGUUGUUCAAGAAAUGCGAAUGCGAUGUACGGUGUAUUCAGUUGUCAUUACGGCCCUCAAGUCAUGAAAUUUGAACCUGCCUUUAUAAUAAGGCCACCCCGUUAAUACGGCCAAUUUUCUUUUUGACCCAUUGGUGAUCGUUUCAACGGGGUUCACUGUACCACUACCACUGCACACUACCACUUGCACUGACUACUGUCUUCACUCCCACUAACACUACAACUGCCACCUUCAUUACUUCUACCCCUGACCACCACUACUACCACCACUGACUACACCUUCACUAUAAUGGAAAGGCGUAUAUUCACUAUCAUAAGGGUGAAAAUGGAAAAAUAAAAACUCGAGUUGUUCUUAAAAGUAAAAAGUUAUGAUAGUUCUCCUUGCCAACUUUUUCUUACCUUGCUGGCUACGAACUGGUGCCAGUAUAGUCGUCAUAUUCUCAGGAACAGUCCCUUACUGUUAAAAAAAAUCAUGCGUCUGUCUCCUGACAAUCUUCUGACUCAUUUUCUCGGGAAAGUGCCAUACACUUCCUGGUUGUUUACCAUUUAUAAAAAAAUUUCGGAAAUUUUGGUAGGGAAUUUUGGUUCGGUAAAAACGGUUCGUGUCGCACCAUUUGCCUAAAAUUUCGGGAUUGUCGCGCCGCGCUAGUAGACUGGAUUCUAGUUACAAGAUGAAACUGGUACGAAACUCAAGAAACUUGAUGCAUCAGUCAAUUGCGGCUGUGCCCAGCCCCCCCCGGCUACUGCGGACCAUUUACCCGCCUUGUCAGUCCCGGAGGUGGGGCAUUUGAAAAUUUUGUGUUGACCGGGGGCCGGGCAUUUACCAACCCCGGGGCCAUUCCCGAGCUUUUGACAAGUACGCGGUUUCCUAUCAGAAUAUAACUACACAGAGGAUUUUACUGGGAAAGAAAGCAGAGCAGAUUGACACCUCGGUCAAGGACAGGAAAAAAUUGAAGAGGGUUGUAAGGCCAUGUUCUUGAUUUUAUGCAUGCAUUUCUUCAUUGCUUAUCAAGCCAGAAUUACAUAGCGAAAUAAUCGGGAGCUAUCGAUGCGUGAAUCAACGUGUUUUGGUUGUUGAAUCAAAUUUCUGUUGAUAUUAUUUGAAAAACAUCCUUUCAUAUUUAAAAAACUAUUCAUAACUAUAACUUUACAGCACUCUAUUAAUUUUAAUGUCAAUAAUUUUAUAUCAAUACUAAAUUAUAAACCGGUGCAUGUCGUUGCGACGUGAAGUCGUGAAUAGAAUCAUAGCGUUAUUACAAAGGAAGGCGUUAAUUGAAACAAAGAAUCGAACAUUAAAAUGCUUAAAAAGGCACCAUUCGACUGUGCGAUCAACGAAAAAUGUUGCAGUGUCGACGGAGGACGGGGCAUUUGCCCUCCUUUUGCGUCCCUACCUCGGGGGAUUUGACAGCUCAAGAGUCCCCACCCCGGGGAAUUUGCUGUCCAAGGCAAAAAAAAGGUGGCUGGGCGCAGCUGGAAUUGACUGAUGCAUAAAUGGUAAACGAACUUCCAUUCGGUACGUCCGAACCGGGAAAACUGGACUAGCUUUUUGAAAUUUCCGUUUGUCCCGGGAAUUUUCCAGUGGGACGAGCCAAAAAAACGUUUACCAUGUAUUUACAUCCCAAGGGGAAUUUCCGGGAAUUUGUGGUAAAUGGUAAACAAGCCCUGUUUCCGAGAAUGUCACGCUGUGAUGAUUUGAUUGAAUUAGUAUGCAUUAGUGCAGAAGAUAUGAAAUUAAUUUUAAGGAUCUUUGAAAUAAUUACUGUUGCACAGAAUUAACAACGUGUGCCGCAAGGAGGGUCGUUUUGAUGGGCUUAGAGGAGAGAAAUGGAGUGAGAAAUCGCCGUGACAGGCCCAGCGGUAUGAAACGAUAAAAGGAACUCAAAACGAGGUUCCAAAUGUCGUAUGCAUAACAUUAAAAGAGUCGCCAUGGUGCUUACUUAAAAAAAACGCCUCAUUAAUUUACUGACGCGUUGCACCCUGGCUACGCUUACUGUAUUUUCUGCAUCAAGACGACCGAGCUGUUUCUUUUUGAUUAAUUAAACCAAACCUGACGGUCCUGAUAUGGGCUGUGUACCAUCGAAAUCAGCCUCGUCAUGGGGUUGUACAUCAUCGAUAAAAUUAUCAGCAAAAGAGCCCGAGAUUGUUGAAUCUGGCCAACGCAUCGGGAAGGUAAGCGCAUGUGCUUUGUAAUGACCUCCACUUUAUAGCGUUUGCUUUAUUUUUUCUCCUCAUCAGUUGUGAAGAGAGAUAUAUAAUGACAACAUUUUGUGCCAAGACAACUACUUUUAAAUAUCACGGUCUUACACAUGCAAUGAUGCCUGUUGCAGCGGACUAGUAACAAGCAGGGAUACGUUUGAAUCUCUGACUACGGCGUGGAAAGGUUCGCAGCUUCAAGUAAUGCACAUGUUCAGUCACUGAAAAGCACUUGGAGCCCGAUUCUAUAGCGGCCUAAUCAGUAUAUGGCCUUCAUGGAAGCUGCGCUUUUUGCUCAAGGGGUUUCGAUACAGUUAUCGGGAGACCAUACCGAUAUUUUUCAAUCGCCUUAAAGGUGAUUUUGUCCUCGUUCGAUCGCUGUAAAAUUUUCACCAGUGAUUGACUAUGAAUUGAAGUUUGUCAAAAGGUAGUUUUCGGUAAAUCGAUAUCACUACGACAAAAAUAAACAAAAAAAAAUUGAAAUAUGUAAAAGCCGAAUUUUGUCCGAUCUAGAUCUAGGUACUUAGCCCGAUCUAAGUGCGGUACUUAGUAAAUAACCUCCGUGAGAAAUAAAAAAUUCUGUAUGUUUGAAUUCAAGUAAAACUUAUAUAUAUUUCAAACCUUACAUUUUCAAUAGCCGUGAGAAAUUAUUUAACUGAUAAAAAAGUUCUAAAUAACUUAAAUUAACCUUAAGUAUCGUCAGAAUAUAACUGAUUACACUGCCAUCAUAUUUCGCUGCUUGGAAAUUUUGGUGUAUUUUGUUUCUUGCGAUCCUGAGAACUAACCUGUUUUCUGACCACCAGUCUAAGUGCGACUUUAUUCUAAAUUUUGACUUUUAGUGCUUUUCUGUCUAUCUCUAAAACGGCUCAACAGAAUUCUUUUUAAACCUCAUCACAUAAUCUUCACGAUGUAUAUAAUAAUUUGUGAAACUUUCAUGAAGAUUGAUUCAUUGCAACACCUUGAAAUUUCAAGACAAACCUAGCCUACCAACCGCCCAAAACUCACUGUUUCGACGUUAUGCUAAUUUUCCCAAAUUAAUGCGGACCAUACAUACCUCCAUGACUAGUGCAUUUCAGUGUAAACAUUGUCAAUGUUUUACAUUCAAAAGAUGCGAUAAAAUUCAAACUGAAAUGUACUAGUCAUUGAGAUAUGUAUGGUCCGCAUUAAUUUGGAAAAAUUAGCAUAACGUGUUUUCUUAGACGGUUCAACGCAUUUUCCCAAUACGGGGGCGUAGCCAGCAUUUUUGCAUAUAUCAGAGUGGUUCCUGAGGUCAGUUUUGUCUAGAUUGACAAUCGAUCUUCAGAGGGUUUCCCGGAAAAAUUUUAAUAUUUAGGUCCUCAGAAAUUCCGUUUUGUGAUCCCGAGUACAAAUUUUCAAUAACAGGGCCAAAUGAAGCUAGAUUUUUUUCGCUUCCAGUGAGGAGAUAGUGUGAUAGACUUUAUAAUAAUUAGGUUGUCGAUAGUUAAUUUUUUUAUCCCAGGUAAUUUUUGUUUUUCUUUUGUUUUUGGGUAUAGAAAUGUAUACUGAUGCAGUUGAAACAAAAGGAAAAUAAAAAUUACCUGAGACAAAAAAAAUUAACUACAACAUAUAUGUUGAUAAUCGUUGAAUACAUUAAAACACGCAAUGUAGUCCUGUGAUUUGCCCUUUACUCAGUUAGGGUAGUUAGCAAGAAGGAGACAUCAUGGAUGUUUCCGUGCAAAGGUGUCGAUUGUUAGCCUUUGGGCCAAUUUACGUAGUGCAAUGUUCAUCAGAGAAAGUGCAGCGGACUCUCGCUUCAGUCAUGGUCGUCGCCAAGUACUAGUCUGCGCCAUGUUCUAAGCCAUCGCUCUUGUUCUGCUGAUGUAAUAUUUGUAAUAACGUACUUGAAAUACGCAGCAACUUGAAGUUUGGAAAGAAUUCAUGGCAAAGCUGUCAACUGCACUACUAGAAAGGUCUUUUUCGACGUUGAGCCACUUGCGCUGCCAACGGAAAAGCCCGCACCACAUGAAAAUUAGAGCCGAUGGAAUCCUAAUAGAUGUCUCCCUUUCGGAGCCUGAUACUGAGCUGUAGCUUUUAUUUAAGGAAAAGGCACUGCAUCUUGGUAACCUGGGUGGCAUAUGAUGAAUUUAUAAUUGAAUGCUGUAUGUUUUAGGCAGUUUGCCGUGCUAUUAGUGUUAGUGUCCCAGUUUCAGACAAUUUCCUCAGACUGAUUUGCAAACAUCAACGCAGAUUUCAUUCUACCUUCUCACUUCUAUGCCUGUACCGAGUUUCUAUGAAGCCCUCUCAUAGUCAAACCAUUACAACAUGCAAUUGAAAGCAAUCGAGACCAACAAAGGUGCUGAAUCCCACAUUGCAGGCUUGUAUACACAGGGGUCUCGUAUGAUCUUCCUCAUAGUAAUAGAAUUAAAGUCAAAAAGACGACCGCAAAGACUGAUCACCCCCCCCCCCCUCCCCAUGUAACCCUAGAAAUAGAAUGGAAUGCUUUUUAUUUCUUUUCAUCUCAUUUUCUUUAACAGCUUAAAUGUCCGAUUCCUCUUGAAAUUAUAGGCAGUGCCGCAGCCCAAGGGGGGGGGGGGGGGAGGUUCCGGAACCCCUGGAACCCUUUUCCCUGGCUACGCCACUGCAAUAACUAGAAAUCAUUGUCGUUCAGGUUCGCUUGGCCUCGUCUCGCGAUAGCUGGAAUUUUUGUUUCUUCAUGCUUGAUGUUCUUUCUGAUUGUUUGUUCUUCUACAGCCAAAAACACUUGAUACGUACAUGUAAUCAUGAAAGGCGACAGUGUUCUCAUCAGAUUAAAUGUACUACACUUGUUAUAGUGGUCGCUCCAACAAAUUCAAGUUUUGGUUGAAAUUAAACUGAAUUUCUGAAUUUUCUUUAAAUCAACUGAACAAAUAUCCUGCAUUUGUUGUUCAGUAUAAGUUAAAAUUCCAAGAAAUUCAAAGAGUCACUGCAACAGAACUCUCCAGCUCACGUACCAGUAAACUUUUCAAUCAGAUUAACAGAGAUACGAAAUAAAAGUUUUAUCACGAUCCUGAACUAAGGACGUGGUGAGGAAAAAACUGAGUCCCGGAUGAAACAAUUUCAUCUCUUGCUACAUCAGUUGACCACCAAAACUAAAACAAGGUUAACUAACUUAGAUAUAUACUAACACGAUCUUUAUUGUCAACUCCUUAUAGCGCCAAUAGCGAUUACCACCUGUUAGAGACUUAAGAUACUACUGAGAUAGAAACUAAUAUGUGAAAUUCUUUUUGCAACUAAAUUAUUCACAUUAUGCUGCGUAAAAUCAUCUAAAAUAUGGAGUUUUUCCUCUGUACAACAUCUGCAACAUGCCAGUUGAUUUCCUUAUUGAGCGAAAAGUUUUAAAGUUGAUUGGGUUUUAUGUUUCUUUCCUCCUUAACGAUGGUUAAUAUAAUCAACAAAAAUGACACUAAAAGAAUCGGAUAAUCAAACUCUGUUACUGUUGUAGGAAAUCUCCAAAGCUGUAAAAUUACAAGUUACCAAGAAGAAAGACAAUGUAAAGACUUCAGGUACAUGAUUAUAAUAAUCAAAUUCCUUUUCACGGCAGCAGCGAGGAAUUUGACAUUUAGCCUGAUUGGCUUAUCUCGAGUCUUUAACUUCCGCAGGUAAGAAAACUACACGGUCGAGGACAAAAAAGCAAAGGAGCAUUGCCAAUCGUCGGCCUAGACCAAGAAGAAAACACCGCCGAGACGGGUCGUCUGACUCUAACUCUGACUCUGAAGAAGAAGAACAAGAACAACAAGAAGAAGAGGAAGAGGAAAAAGAAGAAGACGAAGGAGAAGGAGAAGAAGAAGGA